UUACGUAGAGUUCCAGUACCCGAUGAAAGAUUUGACUAUUUGGUUAACUACCACAAGCCAGCCAGCAAAGUUCCUGCAUACUUGAAUGUAGUCGAUAUUGCCGGUUUGGUAAAGGGUGCUGCCGAAGGUCAAGGUUUGGGCAAUGCUUUCCUUUCACACAUCAACGCUUGUGAUGCUAUAUUCCAUUUGUGUCGUGCUUUCGAUGAUCCCGAUGUCACCCAUGUCGAAGGUGAAGUUGAUCCAGUACGUGAUUUGGAUAUUAUUUGUGAAGAAUUGCGUUUGAAGGAUGAAGAGAAAUUAAUGCAAUAUUUGGAAAAAUUAGAAAAAGUUGUUGCCCGUGGUGGUGAUAAGAAGCUAAAGCCUGAAUAUGAUUCGCUUUUAAAGAUCAAGGGUAUUUUGGUGGAUGAGAAAAAGCAUUUAAGAUUUUCUGACUGGAAUGCUCAUGAUAUUGAAAUCUUAAACAAAUACUUGUUUUUGACCUCUAAACCCUGUAUUUAUUUGGUCAAUUUAUCCGAUAAAGAUUUCAUACGCAAGAAGAACAAGUGGUUGCCCAAGAUCAAGGAAUGGGUGGAUAAAAAUGAUCCCGGUGCCACCAUUAUACCCUUCUCGGGCGCCUUUGAGCACACUUUGGCCGAAAAAGACGAUUUAGAACAGAAAGCCUAUGAAGAUGAGACUAAAUGUAAAUCACAAUUAGAUAAAAUUAUUGUUACCGGCUAUAAAGCUUUGCAAUUGGAAUACUUCUUUACCGCUGGUGCUGAUGAAGUUAAGGCCUGGACCAUACAAAAGGGCACUAAAGCUCCCCAGGCUGCCGGUCGUAUUCACACCGAUUUCGAAAAGGGUUUCAUUAUGGCUGAAGUUAUGCAUUUCAAGGACUUUAAGGAAGAAGGCACUGAAGCGGCCUGCAAAGCUGCUGGUAAAUAUCGUCAACAGGGACGUAACUAUACAGUGGAAGAUGGUGAUAUUAUAUUCUUUAAAUUUAAUGCCGGUGCUGGUCUUAAGGAUGCCAAGAAGAAAUGAUACCGUAUGGCUAUGCUUUUAUUUACAAUGUUUUAUUUUAAUUUAAUUUUUUACACGCAAAGCUUUUUUAGUAGAAAUAGUUCAUAAACUCAUAAUAACUCAUAUAAAAGUUUCUCAUUUAAAUAUGUGAAAAGUUAAUGGGUUGAUAAAAUAAUGAAAAGAAAUUUGCUAAAGGAGUGAUUUCCCAUAUAUAAUUUGCUAUGUAUUUGUGAUCAAUAAAAAAAGAAGGACAAACUAAA